CUGUCUGUUUUAUUUUGAAAGUAAGCUUCCUUUCCGGUGCCCGUUAUGCUACUAGCUUGAUGUAUUGGAAAACUGGAGCGUUACGAAACUGAUCUCAUCUGUCAUCUGCUGACAGAUGUGUUGCAGCUGCCCACCUCAACAGCUUCAAUGGAAACACAGUGAAAGGUCAAAGUUGAAUAUUUUUCGUCAUGCAGCUGGAAGCUCAGCUGCGACUAUGUCAGAGUUGUAUUUGGUGCUACAAGAGUGGACAGCGGAUGCUAUCUCUCAGCUCUGCACAAAGAAAAGCUGCAAGCUAUUAUGACCUGUUGGGAGUCAAAUCAGAUGCCUCCGUGGACGAAAUAAAGAAUGCUUUUUUUGACAAAUCAAAAAAGCUGCACCCAGACAGCAACCCGUCAAACCCGAAGCUGCACAGCCAGUUUGUGGAGCUGAACGAAGCCUACAGAGUGCUGAGCAAAGAGCUGAGCAGGAAGGAGUAUGACCUUAAGCUCCAGCAUCCAUACCAGGGGGGGCAGGCCUUCAGAUCAACAUCUGGUCACACAAUGUACAGAAGCACUACUACCAACGACAACGUUCGUUACUGGGAGCAGUUUCGUCAUGCCCAGUCUCCAGAGGCGACUGCAGAGGAGAGGAAGCAGAAGAAGAAGAGGAACUUCAGGCUGGUGAUUUACUGUGUCAUCACGAUGGUAUUCAGCGUCGGAGCGCAUGCAGUCUUCUUUAGGAAACUGGAAGAAGUUCACAAUAGCUUCAUGGACGAGAAAGAUAGAGCUAUAACAGAAAUCUACAACGAAGCCAAAGAGAGAGCCAGGGUCAACGGUUUCAAGAAGCAGACAGAAAUCCUGCGGCAGAAACACGCCGACUUUCAGGAGAAAGUGAAAAUGAAUAAGGGCGGACCGGAGAAGUAGGAGCAUCUCCUCCUGCGCUCUCCUGCAGAUUGAAAACGUGGAGGAACUCACUUUAGUUUUGCAACUGGUAGAGGUUAUUUUUCCAGCUUUCUGCUUGAACUCUGAUGAGAUCCUGACUUAGCGGGUCAGGAUGGGGAUGUGGGAUACUUUCCUUUGGCCACAUAUGUGUUGCUGCUACAACACACUCAGGUAUACAGUGCCUUGCAAAUCUACUCAAACCCCUUCAACUUUUACCCAUUUUGUCACGUUAUAAAGACAAAAUUCAGUGUGUUUUACUGAGAUUCCAUAUUAUGAUUGAUUAACACGUGAAGGGGAAGAAAAACUCAGAACUUUAUUGAAGCUUUUAACUUUACCUCAGAUAUUUGUCAAUUUAGGGUGUGUGGCAGCUUUGCACACAAAGAGACAUAAAAUCAAUGUUCAUCCUUCUUCUGUAUUGCAUUGGAAUUAGGUCUGAACUUUGACUAGGCCAUUCUAACAGUCAUACACAUGAAUUUAAUCUCAACCUUCUGGCUGCACUUUGGCCAGAAGGUGAACCUCCACCACGGCCUGCAGCGUUUUGCAGCCUCCAUCAGGUUUUCCUUCAGUGUUGACCAGCGUCCCAGUCUCUGCUGAAGAAAAGCAUCUCCACAGCAUGAUGCUGCCACAACCAUGCUUCUCUGUGAAGAUGGUUUGUACCAGGAGAGACACAGUCUUGGCUUUUGUCCACACGUUGUGUUUUGUAUAAAGGCCAGAAAGUUUAACUUUGGUCUAAUUUUAUUAGACAACCUUCUUCUAUAGGUUUGCUGUUACUUCAAAUAGAACUACUUGUGACUUUCUCUUAAUGGCUUUCUUCUUGUUCGUCUUCCAUUAAGCCCAGAUUUGUGGAGUUCGUUAUAGUUGUCCUGUUAACAGAUUCUCCCACCUGAGUUGUGGAUCUCUGCAGCCCCUCCAGAGAUUUAUGCUGCUUAUCUGAUUAACGUUCUCCUUUCCUGGUCUGUUAGUUUAGGUGGAUGGAUGAAAAGGAAGAAAACAAAUGCACUCCACACUUUUCAGCUUUUUAUUUGAGGAUUUUCUUUUCCCCAUACUGUAAAGUUGUUGGCCUGUAAAUGCUUUGAAGUCUGGUUGUAAUGUGACAAAAUGUGAACAAGUCAGUGAUGUGUGGCAGUUUUUCAAGGCACUUGACAUCACUGGGCUACUUUGCUGAACUAUUUAUGGUUUAUGAAUUAUUUGAGGAGAUGUGAGCCUGCACUUUUCUCACAGACCUCUUUAGUGUUCGCACUGUAAAAUAGGAAUUUUUUUUUCACUUAUUGUUUUCAGCCUGAACUCUGAUGGCUGAUCAGAUUUAUAGAGGACCUCAUAAACACCAGGAUGUUUCUAAAAGAAGCUGAUUGGUUAAUCGACAUCCUUAAGGAUGAUUUGUCUCAUUUUGGACAGAGCGCAGAGAGGGCAACGUGUUUCAGGUUAACCUGAGUUCUCAGCUGUUUUAUAUUUGACUCAUCUGCAGGGAUGUUCUGCAUUUUUACCCAUAACUCAUGCUUGUUUUUUUUAAACAGACAUGAUGAACGACCAAUGUUAUAUCUUUUUACUUAUAGUCAAUUUUAAUAAUAACACUGCAAAAGUGUGGAUUUUAUGGAAAUAAGCAACAACAAAACAGCAAAUAAGUGAUUGUAAUACAAAAUCCAGAGCCAAAAUUUACCAUUCUGCCUCUCUGAUUUUAUUUUGGAUUUAGAGAGAUAGUUUUGUGUUUAUCUGUCUUUGGAUGAAGGCCUUAUGUAUUUUCCCUACAGGGACGCCAGAGAAGAGUGAUUAAAAGAUCAAUUUAUUUCUUCUUGUCUGCUUUGUCGAAAAAGACGCCGCUUCGUUUAAAAAAAAAAAGUAAUAUUUUUCAGAUGAUCUUUUUACUGAUAUCCUCUACUGUGAAAUUAAUUUCCUCUGCUUGGCAGAGAUAACAAGAGGCUUUAAACGUUUGCCUUUUAAUGAGCAACAGCACAGUAGCUAUUGGACAAUGAUUAAUGUGUUCUGCUUCAGAAAUCCAAACUGUUUUUCCAUCGCGUCAGCAGUAAGCAAAAAAAAAGUUCUGGAGUGAAAAUUA